UUACGUCAGUGACCCACUUCAUAACAGGAGGUUAUACUGAUCGCGUCAAACUUCAUGUAACAGCCGUAACGGACCUACAGACACAUUCACGCUGACAUGAAAUCAUUUAAAACGUUUCUUCUGAUCAGAUCGUGUUGUUAAAUCCAUUAAAGCAAAAGACAAUCAUCUGUUUUGGAGGACUCGGACAUUUAGUACUCUGUUUUAAGUAUGUCCUGUGCAUGCAGACCUGCAGCGAGGGUGAUAAACUCCGUUUAUAAAGGUCUGUCAUGUUCCCGGGUUCAGCUCUUCACUCUUACUAAACCAGCAUGCCAUGAAGUUCAUCUACCUCAAGUUAUACUCGUGAGAUCAUUUUCACAAACAGCAGUGUGUUUGGCUAUUAAAGACAGCACGCCCCGAGAUGGUGAUGGUGGAAGGAAAAGCGUCACUGAUGCCGGUGGAAACAGUACGUCAGGAACGGGAGGUUCAGGGAAAGGCGGCGGUCAGCUGCGAUGUCCCAAAUGUGGAGAUCUCUGUACACACGUGGAGACUUUUGUAUCCUCCACACGGUUCGUAAAGUGUGAAAAGUGUCAUCACUUCUUUGUGGUUCUGUCUGAGUCGGACUCUAAGGAGGGUUUAAACAAGGAAACAGAAAGCACCUCUGAACGUGCGAAAAUCGCUUUCGCUCAGACACCCCCUCCACCUCCUAAAAAGAUUUAUACAUAUCUCGACAAAUAUGUCAUCGGCCAGUCAUAUGCAAAGAAAGUAUUGGCAGUCGCUGUCUAUAAUCAUUACAAGCGGAUCUACAACAACUUUCCAGCAGUGAGCAGACAGCAAGCAGAAGCAGAGAAACAGAGUCCUCUUACUCCUAGAGAGCUAGAGAUCAGAAGACAAGAAGAUGAAUACAGGUUUACAAAGCUGCUUCAGAUCGCUGGAGUCAGUCCCCACGGAAACGCUCUGGGUGCAUCUGUCCAGCAGCAGACCAAUAAGCAAGCCUAUCAUGAAAAACGGGGCGGAGAAAUGCUUGACUCCACCCACACUGAUAUUAGACUUGAAAAGAGCAAUAUUCUGUUGCUGGGACCUACUGGAUCUGGCAAAACAUUGCUGGCCCAGACUCUGGCUAGAUGUUUGGAUGUGCCAUUCGCCAUCUGUGAUUGUACCACCCUUACCCAAGCAGGCUAUGUGGGCGAGGACAUCGAAUCCGUUAUUGCCAAACUUCUGCAGGAUGCAAACUACUCCGUGGAGAAAGCCCAGCAAGGCAUAGUGUUCCUGGAUGAAGUGGAUAAAAUUGGCAGCGUGCCUGGAAUUCAUCAGCUCAGAGAUGUCGGGGGGGAAGGUGUUCAGCAGGGUUUGCUUAAACUCCUUGAGGGAACCAUCGUGAGCGUUCCGGAGAAGAACAGCCGGAAGUUGAGAGGAGACACGCUGCAGGUAGACACAACCAACAUCUUGUUUGUGGCCUCCGGUGCCUUCAACGGACUCGACAGGAUCGUCAGCCGCAGAAAAAAUGAAAAGUUCCUUGGUUUCGGGACGCCCUCAAACCUGGGCCAAGGUCGCCGGGCAGCAGCGGCCGCUGAUCUGGCCAACACCUCAGGGAAUGAAAUGGAGGCAGCGGCAGAGAUGGAUGAGAAAGACCGUCUUCUGCGACACGCUGAGGCGCGGGACCUCGUUGAAUUCGGGAUGAUCCCGGAGUUUGUUGGCCGUCUGCCCGUGGUGGUACCGCUGCACAGUCUGAACGAGGAGACGCUGGUGAAAAUCCUUACCGAGCCUCGGAACGCUGUGCUCCCUCAGUAUCAGGCUCUCUUCAGUAUGGAUAAAUGUGAGCUGAAUGUAACCAGUGAUGCACUGAGGGCCAUCGCCCGUCUGGCUCUGGAGAGGAAAACAGGAGCCAGGGGACUCCGCUCCAUCAUGGAGAAGCUCCUGUUAGAGCCCAUGUUUGAAGUGCCUCAGUCCGACAUCAUCGCCGUGGAACUGAGUAAGGAGGUGGUCCAGGGGAAAUGUCAACCGUUCUACAUUAGAGCUCCUCCUAAAGAAAGAGAAGAAGAGUUUGACUCCACUCUGGAUGAGGAGAACUGGCCCAGACAUGCAGGCGCGGCCAACAACUGACCUGAUGAUUCCAUAUCAGACAAUACAUCCUUACCGUUCUGAAAGCACACAACAGCAUCGCCUUGGGGAAGAGAGAUUGAGAUGGACCCAAGCAGAUCAGUUUUUGUAUUACUUGCAUAUGACGUACAGCACAACAAACAACAGUUUGAAACAUGAAUCAUCAAUUGCUGUGGUGAUAAAGAGAAUAUACGAAAACUAUUUAUCAAAGUGAAGCUCUAGCAUCUAACUGAAUCUCUUGGGAUCAUUAACCUUUUUUAUUUUUCUAAUGAUAACUAUUCUUAAAAGGAACCCAGGGUAUAGAGAGAUGUGUGGAUUAAUAUGUUGCAAAGCCUUACAUCACUAGCAUUUGUCGUUAGAAACAUAUAAAAUAUUUUCAUUUCAUUAAAAAUGUCUAAAUGUAAUACUCAUUUUAACCUAAGGAGGCCGCCAUUUUCUUUUUUAAUGACCUAAAAUGGUUGCACGCACAGGCAGCCAAGCUUGACACAGACACACUAAUCAGUUCUUCACUAAAUAUAAGGUGCUGUAUGAUAAAAUAUAUAUUAAUAAUGCUAAAAUAAUAAAGUUAGAAAAUAAAAUCGCAAUUUAGUGUGUCUUCUCACAUUUUAAUAUUGUCAGAAACAAUACAACUUGUAUAUUAAUAACCAAAUUAAUUGCUAAUUUAAUAUUUACAGUAUGUUUUAGCCAUUUUAAAAUGCAUUUUAUCCAGAUUUUGCCUUUUUGAUGUUGAUUCACCGUACAUCAGUAGCCUAUUGUCUUCUCUUUCAUUAGCUGACGAGGGCUUAUAUUCACCUGAUCUCUAAUACAGAAUAAGUAACCAGUAUAUUAUCGUAAUGUAUAAAGUAUAUUAUAAUGGUGGAUUAUGACGUCUUAAAUAGUCUUAACAACGGUAGUUUAAAACUGUGAUUUAUUGCACGAUUACCUUGAAUAUAUGCUUACUGAACGCAUUAUUCUUUUAUGGCAGGCAGGCUGGCUUGUUUCAAGAGGGCAUACUGCCACGUACUGUCCCGGUGUUAAGAGAACGGGUUUAGGUAGCAAUCAUUUGACGUCACAAAUUUUGACGCAAAAAAUUGCGGCCUCAGAGUAUUUUUUUUCAGAUUGUUAUCAAUACUGUUAAAGUUACAUUGUGUUUUAAGUUUAACAUUUACAAAGGCAAUGCCAUUGCUAAUACAUUAAGCCACACAUCUUUCUAUACCUAAGGUUAAAAUGAUUCUGUUUGAACGGAAUCCGCUGGUGAAAUACUGCUUAAUCAGUUUUGGAAAUUACUGGGAACUUUCUUCUGUGGAAAAAAUCCUGCUUUACUGAAAGCUGAAUAUCUACAUUUCUGGAAUUUUCUUGCCAUUUAAGGGUUUGUAUUGCAUAUGUGUGAAUUGGGCAAGUUUUGGGGGAGAUUAUAAGGAGAAAGUACUGAUAUUCUUAUCUUAAAAUGUUCAAAGUAUUGAUGCAUAAUAAACUUAAUGCAGAUGUCGUGUUUCCCAAAAAACUAAAGAACAAUAUCUCCCAAACUGAUGUGUGAUAUUUUCCUUUGAUUUUGUUGUUUGAAUAACAAAAGCAAAUUGUACACUGUGCAGUGUUACACAGAUCCAGUUUGUAAGUUUUACUAAUUUAACAUCUUGACCUCAAGAAAGGUAUAGUUUAAAAUAGUAUAAAAAAAUAGUUUGGAUCAUUUCUGUUGUGUAUUUUUAAGACCAUGUCUUUGAAAUAAAAUGAUAUAUAAUAAGUGUAAUAAUAAUAAUAACAAAA